AUGAAAGAGAGCGGAGAUGGCGCGGAUGAUGAGGUCAACUUUGCGGAACUUGUCGGCGUUGGAGAACACUCAGAUGAAAGCGAUGAAGAAGGGACCAUGGAAGUGCUGGCCCUUUCCCGACUGCCUGGUCAGGUGGUAAGCGAAUUACGGAACGAUGAGCCUGCACUGGAGAAGAAGCUUGCAGAUAUCGCUAUCUUUGCGUCUGCAAACCGGAGAAAGGAUGAGUCCCGGUUCUGGGAGUCGCUCACAGUUACAAUGCCGUUGGAAGGGACGCUUCCGGAUAGUCUUGCUCUUGAUGAUUUGAAGAGGGAACAACGCUUCGCAGAGCUCGCCACAGCUGCGGUGCAUAUCGGGUUGGACAAUCUGCGGGGACAAAAGAAGAAAUUCCGGCGGCCUACUGAUUACUUUGCACAGAUGGUGAAGACUGAUACGCAGAUGGGCAAGGUGAAGGCGAAGAUUCUACAUCACAAGGAGAGGAUUGAGUCAGCAGAAAAGCGAAGAAACAAUCGCGAUAUUGCCAAGAACAAGAAGAAGUUGCGUUCAUCGCAACUGCAAAAGGAGCAGGAAAAGAAGCGGAAGGCGAAAGAAGAGAUUCAGGCAUUCAGCCGGUUGCGCAAAGAGCGUCUCAAACAGCGAGCAGGUGCUGGUGUGACAGAAGGCGAUGGAGAUGUCGAUGAUGACUUCCCUAUCGAGUUGCUAAAUGUUGAGCAGCUUGACGACAAGAACACAUUCCAAUCACACGCAGAUAUUUCGUCUGGGAAGAAGAAAGCGUGGAGCGGGAAGAAUGACAAAUUUAACAAGCCGAAGCCCACUAACGGCGCUCGGGCGGGACAAGGCAAUGAGGUGCAAAGUGGUAAACUUGGAACAGCAAAUGGAAUACGGAAGCCAAGAGGAGGAAAGAAACGUGUUGGGCGCAGUCGUCGUAAAGCUGCGGCAAAAUAGUUGUAUUGCAGGCCUGUCUCAAGAUAAAUGGGAUAUGUAUGCAAUCGGGAUAGAAGAGGCUAAUCUAUACUGCCAUCAUCGUGCCAUGCCGUACCGAUUCUGUCGUCCGGGUAGCUUAUGACCCCCGUAAAAGGUUUUGAUCAAUAUGCGUCUCUGAGAGCAGAGUUUUUUUCUGCGUGAAAGUUUUCUUUCUUCCAAUGCUACCGUAAUUAGCAUAGAGACUUGAUCAUGCUAAACCCUGUCGUGCUAGGGUUUAGCCCCUGCACUAAAGACUCAUCGUGACUCUAUUGGAAUAAAAGUAAAGCUUCAGG